GUGAAGGUGAAGGUGAGCGCUCCAGUGUGUGCUGCCCAGGUGACUGGAUACCGUGGUUGCUAUGGCUGCUUCCUCUUCUUCCAUCUUCGCGUCCGUCCCUCAGGCUCCCCCGGUGCUCGUGUUUAAGCUUACAGCGGACUUUCGCGCUGACUGUGACCCUCGCAAGGUCAACCUGGGAGUGGGAGCCUAUCGGACCGAUGACUCCCAGCCCUGGGUCCUGCCAGUGGUCAAGAAGGUGGAACAGAAGAUAGCCAGCGACAACACCUUAAAUCACGAGUUCCUGCCGAUCCUCGGGCUGCCAGAGUUCCGCGCCAGCUCCUCAAGGAUUGCCCUGGGUGAUGACAGUCCAGCUUUUAAGGAGGAUCGGGUAGGUGGUGUCCAGUCUCUGGGUGGUACCGGCGCACUACGCAUCGGAGCAGAGUUUUUAAGGCGCUGGUACAAUGGAAACAAUAAUACCGCAACCCCCAUCUACAUUUCAGCUCCUUCCUGGGAGAACCACAACGCUGUAUUUCUUGAUGCCGGCUUUAAAGAUAUCCGAAGUUACCGUUACUGGGAUGCUGCUAACCGAGGGCUUGACCUCAAGGGACUCCUGGAAGACUUAGAGAAUGCUCCGGAGCACUCCAUCUUUGUUCUGCACGCCUGCGCACACAAUCCCACUGGAACAGACCCCAAACAAGAUGAGUGGAAGCAGAUUGCUGAUGUCAUGAAGAGACGCUUCCUCUUCCCAUUCUUCGACUCGGCCUAUCAAGGAUUUGCCUCUGGAAACCUGGACAAGGACGCCUGGGCUGUGCGAUACUUUGUGGCUCAGGGCUUUGAGCUGUUCUGCGCUCAGUCUUUCUCUAAGAACUUUGGUUUAUACAAUGAGAGAGUUGGUAACUUGACCGUUGUAGGUAAAGACAGUGAUAAUGUUGCCCGUGUCCUCUCUCAGAUGGAAAAGAUUGCGCGUACAACCUGGUCAAAUCCUCCGUCACAAGGCGCUCGCAUUGUUGCCACCACUCUGACCACCCCUGAACUUUUUGAUGAAUGGAGAGACAAUGUGAAGACUAUGGCCGAUCGGGUCCUCUUAAUGCGAGCAGAACUAAAAUCCAGAUUGGAGGCUCUUAAUACACCUGGAACUUGGAAACAUAUUGUGGAGCAGAUAGGAAUGUUCAGCUUUACUGGCCUCAAUCCAAAGCAAGUUGAAUACCUCAUAAAAGAAAAGCAUAUUUAUCUGAUGGCAAGUGGACGCAUCAACAUGUGUGGGCUGACAACGAAGAACCUGGACUACGUGGCCCAGUCUAUCUAUGAAGCUGUCACCAAGAUCCAGUAAUCUGAGGCCCAGAACUGCAGUAACCGGUGUCAUUAGAAUUGUGUUUGUGUUUUUAUUUUUUUGUCUUUUCAUGGCUUUAAAUUGAACAAAAUAAUGCAGGGAGAAAUAGGUUACAUACAUGCAACACAAUAUCCUCUCUGAUCCUACGGAAAGGUGAGAAAAAUCAUACACUUGAGUCUUGCGUUCAAACAAAAAAAGCACUUGGGUAGAACUUCUCAUUGGCAUCUCCUUCUAAAGGUUUGGCAGCUAACUGCAGCACUCGGUGAAGUGCAUGCUGGGAGAUGUAGUAAAACUCAGCAGGAAAUCAUAACUGCCACUAUGUGAAUUCGUAUCAGUAAAAUUGAGCUUUACUUUGAGGGGGUUGUCCAGGCAUUCUCUCUGAUGUAGUGAGGCACAAGGAUCAUGCACGGAUCCCAUUAAUUGGGACCCGUGCAUGAUAGUGUCUGGACCUUGUUACAUCUCAGAGUAUGGCUCGGCGACCCCUUCAGGGUUUUCUGUUAUCCCAGGGCUUACCAUACGACCACUGCAACAAUGGGCUUAAAGCGUUUUUCCAUGACGUUAUUUAUAACCCACUUAGGGUUAAAAAGAACUUGCCGUUACUUAUCCUGAUUGCUGCCAUUCCCUGCUGCCCUCAACGUCUUGGUUUGAUGUGCUAGAAAUGCCAGGAAAGGACCAUAUAGCAAAUCACUGACCGAGGUGGGUAACUACUAUGGCCAGUGAUUGGCUUAGCUGGUGCCCACAGCAGU